AUGAAAAUCUGGCCGGACGAACUUCAGCGCUGUACCGAUCUGGAAUAUUUAUCGAUCUAUUAUACGGGAGUAGAAGUUAUUCCAGAUUGGUUCAGCGUCUUUCGCAAGCUGGAGUUCUUGGAUCUUCAGGGCAAGUUUGGACAUACAAAUAUUCUAAGUAUGCCGUCAGACUCGUUCUCGAAUAUGGGGUCUUUGACAUUUAUACACUUAGGAUAUCUUCAACAACUCCCACAAUUACCGAGUUUUCAAGGGCUCUACAAUCUCAAAAGCAUGUCGAUUGCUCUGCUUUAUGCUCUAACCACACUACCAGAUCUGGAACCUCUCGUGAAGCUUCAACGAAUGGAACUCGUUGCGUUGAACUCCCUUCGCAGACUUCCUGAGGUUGCUUCUAAUCAUCAUCUAGCGCACUUGGUGGUUUGGCAAGCACAACUAUGUUGCAAUGGGUUUCUUGGCUAUUGCGACGUCUCUCACCCCGUUUGCGCUGGUUUGUCAACCAAUGAGUGUAUCUCAGUAUCUGACGGACCGAGUAUCGAGAGCCAAGUGUUUUUCGCUUCGCAACCGGCUCUGUGUGAUAAGAACGAGCCGUUCAUUCCUAACGCGUUACCUCCGCUAAAAGCACAGAUAGACGUAUGCGGAGGUGUACUCUACCGACAAUGCCGUGAUCCGCUCUUCGAAUCUAAACCGGUGGGGAUUUGUGUGAACCUCUACUUUCAAGUGAUUGCUUGCAAUUCGUUCGACUUAACCGCAAUUUACGGUCGACAGCAGGAGAUUUUGUAUGGACUUGGUCUCCCAUGUGACCCGAAAGAAGAAGCUUGGCUAGGUUGUGUCUAA